UGCUCAUUCUGCCUUCAUCCGUGGACCCCCAUGGAGAGCCAAUGGGGCAUGCUGAGCUCAGCAGAGUGACGCCCGACUCGGAGCCUGAGGCAGGGGUCCUCCAAUCUGUGACGCUGCGUCCACCUGAUGGAGUUCGACCACAUGAGGUCUUCGAAGUGUUCCCCGGUGGCCGGCAAUUGCUGGUGAAGCUUCCAGUAGGGGCUGAAGUGAUCACAGCCUAUUACCAGGCCGAUGACCAUGGAAUUUUGCAGCCCAGUGGACCUCCCUUGGCUCCAGUUAGUUUUUUUACUGGAUCCUGCAUGACUGGGGGCUUGGGCGUGCUUCUCGUUCUUUGUUUCUUCACCAUGCUCUGCGUGCUGCCCUAUGUUCUUCUUCCAGCCUUGGGACUGGCACUCCUCAGUAUUGUGCCAAUCAUCGUUUUUGGGAUCUUCGUACGUUUCCAAUUUGCAGACUCUGUGAGGAUUCUGCAAAUGGUCACCUCUUUCUUUGAGGCCAUCGCAUGGUUUAUCCCAUUGGUUGGGAUCAUCCUUGUCAUCUACUUUCCAGUUGGUUGGCAAGACUGGGUGAGCAACUGUGAUGUGGACGUUUCUACAGUAGAUCUGUCCCAGAUCGAUACAGAGUGUUUGGGAAAGAGGGCAAUCCAAGCCUACCUCAUGACAGCUUUUUUGGAGGAGCUGCUGAAGUUCCUCUGCGUUCGUCGCCUGCUGUGGUUCGCCUUCGUCACGGACUCCUGGGCGCUUUGCUGCUACGGUGGUGCGGCUGGUUUGGGCUUCGCGGCACUGGAGAAUGCCCUCUACGUGGGUGGUGGAAGCCUGGCAACAGCACUGCUGCGUGCUGGCACGGCGGUUCCCAACCACCUCAUGUAUGGCCUUUUGCAUGGCGCCUUUUUGUCCCGAAGGCGCUUUGGUCACGGGGGUGGUCGUUUCAGUUGCUGCACCUCAUUGUUGUCACCCUUCCUGCCGAUGUUUCUGCAUGGCAGCCAUAACUUUUCUAUCGCCCUGUGUCAAUAUGUAAACCUGUGGCUGGGUCUUGCCAUCAUGGCCUGUGUGGCCUUGACGGCCGUCAUCAUUUUGCGGCUGUCCAUGCGGAACCUGGAAGCACAGGUCAAUGUGCAGGAUCUGAUCGAUGCCAAAGUGGUGGAAGCUCCUGCAUGCUGUUUUUGCUGUCAAGGAGUUUGUGGUUGGCCCGUUGUGUGGCCUCCUGGUGCCCCAGUGUUGGCACAGCUGGAGAGCGAGUGGUGUAUCAGCCAUGGCUUGCUGAGAGGUUUGGGAAAUCGCACCUUUGAGCUGUCAGAUGGAGGCGACAAGACACAGGAGGCUAUGGUGUCGACCUCCCUGGUUGGGGCGGCUACCAGGAACGUGUUUUUCGAGACGGUGAUCGACCAGUCGACCCAAGACUUCAGAAUAGGCCUGCGACGAGGAGCAGAGACCUGGACGUUGAGCCCUGCAGGUUUCUUUCACAACAACGAACAGGUGGAAGCCAGGCCGGUGUCAACCGAGUGCACCAUUGGAUGCUUGCUGGAUUGGGAUGCAUCUUCACUCAGCUUCACCGAAGACGGACAUGAGCUCCUUUCGUGCACUGUGGAUCCCGCGGGUCCUGUGGGUCCCGCGGGUCCCGGGCAGUGGAUCCUGGAAUGGCGAGCUGCAGGGCGCUUGGGGAUACGACUUGAGCACUUCCAGCACUCGCCGGAGAUUGAUGUGCAGCCCUUGAAGCAGGUCUCAAGCCAACCAGGAGUUGGACCAGUGGUUGGACAGGUGGUGGGGGUCAUCCUUUCCGAAAGUGACGAAUGAUGCUUCGGUGACAUCCGGUGACGUGGGCCAGGAGUUGGCCCAUCGAAUUUUCUGGCAGAUGUGUGUAGUGUUCGGUCAAAAUGUAUGUUUAUUAUUACUACACACCUCCUGC